GGUUGUAGUGUGGUGUUGCAGACUGAUCAUUAGCUUUCGGAAUCAUCCUGAUCAUGGAAAUAAGAAGAUUACAUCAUAUUGGAGUAUGCAUUCCAGUCCUCUGCCUCUGUCUUACUACUCUCUUCACUUGUGAUGCAAGAAAGACGAGACAUUUAUACAGACCUCUCACUACUUCAAGAUACCUAUCACCCAAAAAUCUAAAAGUAGUGGAGCACUUAGACGUGGAUUCAACAAACACUGAACCUUAUGGUGUAAACUCACCAUUCUCUCUUCCACCCUUUGAGUCUCUUUCACCAAUGCCAUUGCCAGAAAAUACACCGCCAGUUUGUGAAAACCCUCCUUCCACCUCACUACCACCACCUUCCUCCGCAUUCCCAGUCCCUGCAGGAAGUAACACGCCUUCUUCCCCAGCUCCACCAACAGAAGGAGAACCUUCCCCCACAAUUUCAUCCUCACCACCACCACCACCUGAUAUUUCUCCUCCAAUGUUGCCCAUAACAAAUCCUCCACAAAGCCCAGAUGUCACAAAUCCAAGCCCGUCAAUUUACAUCCCCAGCCCAGACGUCACAACUCCAAGCCCAUCAAUUUACAUUCCUAGCCCAGAUGUCACAAAUCCAAGCCCAUCAAUAUAUAUCCCUAGCCCUGACAUAACAAAUCCGAGCCCGUCAAUUUACAUCCCAAGCCCCGAUGUCACAAAUCCAAGUCCGUCAACUUACAUCCCAAGCCCUGAUGUAACGUAUCCAAGCCCAUCAACUUACAUCCCAAGCCCCUCCAGUAAUAUCCCGAGUCCAACAGGGUACACACCCGAACCCCCUGUCGACAUUCCAAGCCCGACAGAGCCAGGUUUGAAUCCACCAUAUUAUGAGCCCAGCCCACCAAGUUCUGGAACUAGCCCACCUUCAAAUAUUCCAUCUCCUGACAUAUCUAUCCCAAGCCCACCUAUAUUCCAACCUCCCGUCGUGUAUCCUCAGCCGCCUCCUCACCGUAGUGCGUCAAGCACGGCCCUUUGGUGCGUUGCAAAACCAGCAGUACCUGACCCAAUUAUAGAAGAAGCUAUGAACUAUGCUUGUGGAUCAGGUGCAGACUGUGAUUCACUUCAGCCCAGUGGGUCAUGCUUUCAGCCCAACACACUGCUGGCUCAUGCUUCUUAUGCUUUCAAUAGCUAUUGGCAAAGAUCUAAAGUAGCUGGAGGCACCUGUAAUUUUGGAGGAACAGCAAUUUUGGUCACUGUAGAUCCCAGUUAUGAUGGUUGCCAUUUCACCUAUUUCUGAUAAUAGAGGAUAUAUAUGUACAUCAUAUAAUGUCAUCAUCUAGAGAUCACAAAAUAACAGUUUUCUUCUUAUUUUUCCUUCUCACUUUCUCAAGCUAAUAAGCAUAGAGCAUAAAUAUCAAGUAAAUCCCAGUAGAAAACGAUGCUUUUCUAAGAGCCACUGCAUUGUUCACCUAUCAAGAAUUUUGUAAUUCAUUUAAGAAGAUUACAACUUCACUUCCGAUGGAUUUUGUAAUUAGUAAUGUGGAUUAGGCUUUUAUGCAAUGGAAUUUGGAAAUCCUUCUUCCAAGAGCAGGCUAUAAACUGCAAGUCUGCAAUGUAAUGAAAAUAUUAUAUAAUGUUAUAACUUAUAUUACUUUUCAGUAAACUGAAGUAAUGAGCUUUA